GCUAUAUCGUUUCCAGCUCGACUCGGCAGGUGGUUACCUAAGCAAUGGAUGCAGGUUUACCAGAGAGCUGUGAACCCAGGCUGGGUGGAGAAGGGGAUAGCACAGCUACAAAGGCUGUUUCCCUCAUGGAUAGUGUCCUUCCUUCUAAGCAGAAGAGAAAUACAGAGGGUUUGCACAGUAGUCACAGUCCAACUGUCACAACAGCAGACCCUCCCAAGGGUCCUGAAGACGAUGAUGAUGAUGUUGUGUUGGUGGAGGCCUCCGCCCCCACUCUCGAAGCCAGAACUCCCACGAAUGCCCCCUCCCCCAAACUCACAGACUGCACCAAGAAAAGUGCCAUGGCAACAGCAUCAAUGCCCACACAAACCUCAAAGACUCCUCCUGCUCCUGCCCUGGCUCCAGCAACAGAGACCAAGAGCCAGAGUGAGACCAUCGUGAUUGACGACGAGGAGGACUCCUCUGAGCAGACGAACUCUGUCUCGCUCUCCACGGCGGGGGGUGCCGUCCCAGCCUCCUCUGACAGCACUGCCCUGAGCAGCACGGAGCCUGACUCCGAGAUCAAGAUCGCUAGCGUUACCACUCUGGGCGUGGCCGCCGCGGAGGCCCCCCGCGCUGUUGCCAUGACAGCGGCAGCGCCAGCAGGCCCUCAGGGAGACAUGAACCUGAUGAUCACCAGCGUGACGUCACUACAGAGCGGCGGCUCUGCAGGGGCGGGGCCAGGUUCAGAGCAGGCAAGCAGCCUGUGUAUUAGCAACGCCUUCAGCCUCAACCCUGAGAGCCAGGGCUCCCACACCGAGCCUUCCCCCAGCAAGCCUGCCACAUUUAACCCCGGCCGCGCCAGCACCGCAAGAGAGCCAGGGCAGAACGGAGAGACUGCAACACACCAGAAACCUGAUUCAUGGAUCUCUCAGUCGGCCUCUUUCCCACGAAACCAGAAGCAGCCUGGUGUGGACUCCCCAGCGCCGGCAGCCUCCCUACCCAAACCAGUGGCCUCGCCCUCAGGCACCCAACAGCCCUCUAGAUCAGUGAAGGUCACCUGUGCCAACUGUAAGAAGCCCCUGAAGAAGGGCCAGACCGCCUACCAGCGCAAAGGCUCCACCCACCUCUUCUGCUCCACCACCUGCCUCUCUGCCUUUUCCCACAAGCCCGCCCCCAAGAAGAACUGUGCCAUGUGCAAGAAGAACAUUACUGGUAUGAAAGGAGCGAUUGUAGCCCAGGUGGACUCGAGUGAGUCCUUCCAGGAGUUCUGCAGCACUGGCUGCCUGGCGUCAUAUGAGAACAAACAAAGUGAGCCCAAGUCCCCCAUGAAGACCAAAUGUAGUGUCUGCGGAAAACUGACAGAAAUUCGCCAUGAGGUCAGCUUUAAGAACGUCACCCACAAGAUCUGCAGCGACCUGUGCUUCAACCGCUACCGCAUGGCCAACGGCCUGAUCAUGAACUGCUGUGAGCAGUGCGGGGGCUACCUGUCCAGCAGGGCCUCUGCAAACCACUUUCUUGUCGUCGACGGCCAGCAGAAGCGCUUCUGCUCCCAGAACUGCGUCAAGGACUACAAGCAGACACAUGGGAAGACGACUAGCUGCAGCGGGUGCAACUCUUCGUUCAGCUCUUUUGACGCCAUUCACUGCAUCGGGCCCAGCGGCACCAUGGAGCCCUACUGCUCCACUGCCUGCAUUGGCAAGUCCAAGAGCUCCAGCACCAGCAUCACCACAGAGCCUACGUGUCAUUCAUGUAAAAGAAGAGCGCUACCACAGUACCAGGCCGCGCUGCCAGACGGAGCAGCCUAUAACUUCUGCAGUUCCAGCUGUGUAGCCAAGUUCCAGAGUGCUAAUGUUCAAACAUUGAAUGGCCAGACUACACACUCCUCCACAUCCGGCAGCAUCCAGCUGAAAUGCUGUUACUGCAAAGCAGCCUUCAGCCUGAAGCCCCAAACACUGGAGUGGGAGAAUAAAGUCUACCAGUUCUGCAGUGCAACCUGCUGUGAAGACUACAAGAAGCUGCACUGUAUAGUAACGUUCUGCGAGUACUGUCAGGAGGAGAAGAUUCUCCAUGAAACAGCCAAAUUCUCAGGGGUCAAGAAGCCUUUCUGCAGUGAGGGCUGUAAGCUGCUGUUCAAGCAGGACUUUGCCAGGCGCCUGGGCCUCAAGUGUGUCACAUGUAACCACUGCCACCAGAUGUGCAAGAAAGCGGUGACUAAGAAGGUGGACGGAGUGCAGCGGGACUUCUGCAGCGAGACCUGCACCAAGAGGUUCAAUGACUGGUACUAUAAGUCAGCGCGCUGCGACUGCUGUAAGCUGCAGGGGAACCUGACGGAGUCGGUGCAGUGGCGAGGCGAGAUGAAGCACUUCUGCGACCAGCAGUGUCUCCUGCGCUUCUACUGCCAGCAGAACGAGCCCAACCUGUCCACACAGAAGGGUCCGGAGAACACCGCCUUCGGGUAUGGAGGGCAGUCACCUGAAACCAAAGCAAUGGUGUAUAGCCAGAUGGCCGCGUCACGACACGCCGAUGGGGGCAUUCUGAAGGAUGUGAAAAACAAGGCUGUAUUGUGCAAGCCCCUCGCUGUGAGCAAGGCUACCUACUGCAAACCGCACAUGAAGAGCAAGCACUGCCAGACAGAGGAGGUUGUGAAGAAGGAGUAUGUUCCAGUCCCUGUCCCCACCCCCGUCUACAUCCCUGUGCCAAUGAACAUGUAUGCACAGGCCACGCCCACACCUGUGAUUCUGCCUGUCCCGGUCCCUGUGCCAGUGUUCCUGCCCACUACCCUGGACAGUGCGGAGGAGAUCCUGCAGACCAUCGCUGAGCUGAAGGCCAAAGUCCCCUGCAGCACCCCGGAGGCUGACCUACUUGCAGAGGAAGAGAAGCCUAACUGCACAGAUGUGAAAUGUGAAAGCGUAGAGGACACAGCCCGAAGGAGAGGGAGGGUAAAGCGCGAGAACAGCAGCAGCAGUGAGGAGGAAGAGGAGGAAGAGGAGGAGGAUGACUCCUACCAACCCGAGCUAGAUCUGGAGGAUGACUUCCCCUCAGUUCCGAAUCCGGUCCCCACCGUUGAGGGCCUGGAUGCUGACAUUGGGUUCACGUUGCCUCUGGUUCUGGGGGAGGAAAAAGAGGAGAAGCCGCAACUUGCAGUUAAAAGGAAGGGACGCAAGAGGAAGGCAGUGGAGAGGGACACCUUGCCCCCAUCGCCUGAUACCCCAUCGGACAGCCGCUCCUUCCCCCUGAAGUCCAGGUACGGGGUGAAUGCCUGGAAGAGAUGGGUGCUGACACGGAUCGACAACCCCAACGAUGUCACAGUGAAGCAUCAGCUAAAAGAGGUAAAGCCAGUGAGGUUGAAGAGGAAUUUGCUGUCUCUCAGUGCGGCGGAACUGAACGACGGUCUGUCCCGCUUUGUUCGCGAGGUCCGCCGGCCUAAUGGGGAGAGCUACGGUCCCGACAGCAUCUUCUACCUCUGCCUCGGCAUCCAACAGCAUCUGCUGGACAACGGGAGAACCGAUGACAUCUUCAGUGACCCCAGCUACCAGCUGUUUGGAGAGGAGCUCAACAAGGUCCUUAAUGGCUGGCAGCCCAGUGUGCUUCCUGACGGCUCUCUGUGGGGCAGGGUGGAGGAGCAGGCCUUGUGGAGCAGCCAGCAGCUGGGCCAGCACUCCCCCAUCGCGCUGCUCCGCUCUCUGCUCUACCUCAAUACCAAGUACUUUGGCCUGAGGACCGUGGAGCAGCACCUGCGCCUGUCCUUCGGGAAGGUCUACGGCCACCGCAAGAUCAGCCCGCACUCCAAAGCGACGUCCAUCUGCAUCCGGAUACCCACCAUUUCACAGGAACAGCGAGUGAAAACGGGCACGAGGAAGAGGAAACACAAGGCGGACUACGGCGACCCCGACAACGAGCCAGACAACGACUCAGGAAACUUCUCUCACUGUCCCAUCAGGAAGCAUGAGUGCCUCUUAUACGAGCUCUACCUCUCCAAGUGUCCCACAGCUCUUAAGAAUAGAACGGACAUGUUCUACAUGACGCCUGAGGUCACGAGCAGCCUGGACAGUCCCCUGUGGUACAGCUCCGCCCCCCUGGAGAGAACUGUCCUAGAGACACUCCUCACCCGCAUCCUGCUGAUAAAGGACAUCUACAACCAAAGGGACCUCUCAGAAGAGGACGAUGAGGAGGAGAACGAUGUCAGCCAGUAGCCCCGGCCUCUCCCCUGCCAGAGGCUCGCAUGGCAUUGCAAAAGUGUUGCCUUCCGUUUCACUCC